CUGAAAGUGUCCCCCCGCCUGCGGCCGACCAAGGGCGCCGUUACCGUAAUGACCCGUGCUGCGCGCGGCGGGUUUCGCGCCCCGUGAGGCUGAGCCCCAUGCGGCCUCCCGCCGCACCGCCCCGCCGGGGCCCCCUGCCGGCCCCCCCCUCUGCCGCCGCCGCGGAGCCCGCUGAGGGGAUCAGCAUCGGCGGCGGCGCGGAGCUGAGCGAGGCGGGCGCGGAGCGGGGCCCGCCGGGCGGCUGGAGGCAGAAGUGCGCCGCCUACGUGCUGGCGCUGCGGCCCUGGAGCUUCAGCGCCUCGCUGACGCCCGUGGCGCUGGGCAGCGCCCUGGCCUACCGUGCCCAGGCCGCCCUGGACCCCGCGCGCCUGGUGGGCAGCGCCGGCGCCGUGCUGGCCGUGCACGGGGCCGGCAACCUGGUGAACACCUACUAUGACUUCUCCAAGGGCAUCGACCACAAGAAGAGCGACGACCGCACGCUGGUGGACCAUCUCCUGGAGCCGCGCGACGUGGUGCGCUUCGGCGUCGUCCUCUACACGCUGGGCUGCGUCUGCGCCGCCGGCCUCUACUUCUUGUCCCCGCUGCGGCUGGAGCACCUGGCCCUCAUCUACUUCGGCGGGCUCUCCAGCUCCUUCCUCUACACCGGCGGAAUUGGAUUUAAAUACGUUGCCCUUGGAGACUUGGUGAUCCUCAUCACCUUUGGGCCCCUGGCAGUCAUGUUUGCUCAUGCUGUGCAGGUUGGUUACCUAUCUGUCUCGCCAUUGCUGUAUGCUAUCCCGCUAGCUCUCAGCACCGAAGCCAUCCUGCACAGCAACAACACGCGGGACAUGGAGUCUGACCGACAGGCGGGCAUUGUCACCCUGGCCAUCCUCAUCGGCCCCACGUUCUCCUACAUGCUCUACAGCAUCCUCCUCUUCCUUCCCUAUUUGAUCUUCUGCGUUUUGGCCACACGCUACACCAUCAGCAUGGCACUGCCACUACUCACCAUUCCCAUGGCGUUCUCUCUGGAGAGGCAGUUUCGGAGCCAGAACUUCAACAAAAUUCCCCAGCGGACAGCCAAGCUGAACCUCCUGCUGGGGCUCUUCUAUGUUUUUGGCAUCGUGCUGGCCCCAGCAGGCACACUGCCCAAACUGUAGCCAUGUGGGAUUCUGCAGAAACAGGCCCUGUAACUCAGUAUUAAUGCCAGAGUCCACAGUGCCACGUGACAGGUUUGUUAUGGAUGCAUAUGGCAUGAUGACUUUUUCAAGCCAACGAUUGUAUUGAAGGGGAGGGCGGAGGGGAGUAAUGCAGGACUUCCUCUAGUGAAAGCGGCUGCCAGAUGCUUCUGUUCUGUCUAUGUCACUGCCUCACACCUGCUCCUGCUUAUCCCCCUCAGUGGUGAGCUUUCAUCUUCCUCUCCUCAUAUUCAUGUUUUUUUUUCUCAUGCCAAAUCACUGAGCUUCCCCUCCUCGGCCCUAUGGUUACAUGACAUGGAGUGUGGGCUGUCUAUCCAUAUUGAUAGCUGAUGGGAGCCAUUGCGUUCUGGAGCUUUCCUCUACAAGCUUUCCUGCCUAGGAAUAUCCAUGGCACCCACCACUGUAGCACAGAGGUACUGAAAUGGAACACAACUGCACCGUUGCACUGAGCUUUUAGCCAAAAGCAAUGAACUUUUUCUCCCCUCUUGCAGAACUAGAAGCUGGGCUUGUGAAUCCAGAGCUCCCAGCCCUGGCUAGAUUGGAAAGUUAUGUUCCUUGCCAUUAUGCUUGCCCUGAGCUCCAAACCCAGUGUGCCAAGGUGAAAGGAUUGUGGUAUUAAAGGUGUCAGACAAGGUGGUAAAAGUGGAGAGGCAGCUGGAUAUUGAUGAGCAGCCUUGCAAGCUGACCUAACUUAACUAAGUCUCUAGUAGCAAAAUAUUUCCUAGCUGUCAUUCUUUGAAUCUGUUUAAGACCCUAGAAUAUUGCACUAGUCCUAUUGCAUUGUGGCAAUGAAGAAGAAAGGUGGUGGGGCCUUAUCAGGAAGGAGUCUAAAUAAUUUCCAUGCCCUUGCCCUGAAACUUGGGAAUGGGAGACUGAUUGAUUUAUAUUCUUGCUGAUCAAGGUUUCAGUCAAAAUCCUGCUUAUGUGAUGUGUUGGUCAGCUCUGAAGUUCCAGUCCCUCUUCUUCCCUCCUGUGAAGAUGUGCUCAGUGGUGUUGUUUAUUCCUCUAUCUUGAAGGUCCUGCCACACAACAGCUAACAGUCCUCUGUCUAGGAGCAGUUCUUGACUCCACAGCAUUGUGAAAAAUGCACAGGGCCAAACACAGCUGUGGAGAAAUGCCACUGAUUUCAGUGGAGUCCCAGGAGGGCAUGAAUUUGACCCAAAUGAUUCAUAUUUUCAGUGGUCACUAAAUAAUUUUUUAUAUUGGGGAAGAACCAUUGGGUUUCUGCUUUAAAAGGGAGCAUCCAGGACUGCUGGAGAUGCUGAAGUUUAAUUGAUGUAGAUGUGGAUAUUGCACUAAGGCAUCUGGUGCGUAGAGCACAAUUUUAUCCUUGAGCCAAAGGGGCAGUAUGCUAACUUCAGAGCCAAAAGGUCCAUUAGGGAUUGCAGUAUUGUUCCAGAUCUACCCUGGGUGUGUCAAUUCCUCACUUUAAUCCCCUGAAAACAAUGGGUGCUGCAUGUAUUGAAGAUGUAAUGGUAAGGCUGAAGUGGAGCUACCCAAGGAGAUGUGAGCUCUCUGAUCUCGAAGUCCAUUCAUGUGGCUUUUAAUGACGUGGCUGCUGACUGUGCUUUGCUUUUGGGCUCUGUGAUUUAAUCAAAAUGAGUCUCAGCAGGCAGAUGACAGUUCUCACCAGCUCUGGGUCACUUCUGAUUAAAAUUGGGCAAUGUCUUGCCCAGAUCUUAUCUAUAGGCUGCCCAAGAAAAACAAGAAAGCAGAACGGACUUUAGUGAUCUGUGUGCUGCUUUUAACAGCAGAGAACAAGGCUUAGGCUAGGAACACAUUCAGAAGAUAAGACCAAAUUGAGUAGAGACCAGCAUCCAGCAACCUUUAGAAAGCGUUUCCACAGUGAAUAUAUGCUCAGCAACACUCAGUUUUCCUUAUUGGUCAGACACACCUUGGCCUCCUGCCAGCAAAUGCUCCUCCAGGACUGUGGACUAUUGCUGGUGGCCAAAUUAAACCUAGAGCUAAAGAUAGCAACUUCCUUAUACAGUUUGGAAUGGUGGUUACAUCCCAGCUUCGUAGUACAUAGUUUGCAGGUCUCGGCAGCUACGUGCUGUGCUGUUUGUCUACGGUAUCUAGCUCGGUGCUAAAUUGGGAUUGAUGAAAAGCUUUUAUUUCUAUUCCCAGUGGUUGCCUCUAGUUUGUUGCUUAUAGCACUGGAAUGUGAAUGAGUUGUUUGCCGGCUUUUGUAGUGGUGAAGAGCAAACGGUCUUGGAAGGGGUCUUGAAGGGAAGAGCCCCCCACUACACUCUAGUCCUGUAGAGGAUCUCCUCUGUGCCUGUAGGGAAAGGACUUUUUGCUACUGGGAAAGAUCAACACUACAUAGUUUCAAAAUGGGUGCAAAAGAUUACUUGUGCUCCUUUAUAUGUAGGUAGCACUAUUUUCUGGCAAGCUGCUUACAAAUGCAGGGAUGAGAUGAAUUGAGGUGUGGCCUAGAUUGCUUCCAGUCUUGAGUUUUUAUGCUUACCCACCAAACAUUGGAGAGCCCCUGUUCCCUUAACAUAAGCAGAUCUCUCUCCCUGGACCACCUGAAUUCUAGUUCUGAGCCUCUUGUAGUCUUAGGGGAGACAUUUCAUAUCUCCCUGCCUCUUUCCAUCCUUGCAAUAGAGCUGCCUUUGCUUGCUCACAGGGAUGUUUGGCUAACAUCAUUGUGAAAAGCUUUGAAGGUCAGAGGGUCUUCAUCUCUGGGUGUGGGGAAAUAUUUUGCGGGUAACUCGUUCCCCCACAUGGACACUCAGGGCAGAAUAGAAGGAUCCGACUUGUAGGGUCUGAGCUGAAUACACUGAAAUGCUCCUCGUUUCCUUCCCUGGUUGUAGGCCUUGCAGCUUAGAUCAGAUCUUUGAGGCAGAAUGUGUAGUGUCCUUUGAGCCUCUGCUGGUAGAUGAGCGGGUAUGUUUGCAUGUCUAUCUUUGUGUACUAAAAUUCUCCUAGACCUCUCCUUUCCAGAGAACAGUUGGCUGAGGCCUGGUCCACACUACUGAGAACUCAGGUAAAUGUUGUGUUGCCAAUGAGCUGUGAUUAAUCUUUAAAUGGUUCAGCAUGGUGUUGCAGGGCAUGGAUCAGAGCUUUGCCCUGGGUCAAAGGGAAUCUUGCGCAAUGCUCUUGGAAGUGCAGGUACUGGAGAGCACACAUCUUGGGUGUGCCUGAAAAGACACCGGAGGCCGCUUGUGAGCUGGACAGCUGUGUCCUCGUACAUCGUGGGAUAAGUAGUUCAAGAUGUGGACCUACUUUUGGGACAAACCGUAACAUAUUUUUGGUACCUUCACCAAUGAGCAGCCCCCUUUGUUACACCAGCCUUCUAUGUGGCAUGCUGUUCAGCCCAAGCCUUUGUAAUAAUGAGACUUCAGUUCACUUUCUUAGUCCUUUUUUUUUUUUUUUUUUUUCUAAAUAAAGACAGACUUACUUAUGAA